GCAACUUUCACUUGAUAUCUUCUUCUUCUUCAGCACUACGGUUGUUUUCUAUUCUUUUUUUCUUUGCUUUGUUGAAAUUUUCGGCUCCUUGAGCUUUGAUUCAGGAUGAUCAUCCUCAUUGAUCAGCCUUGUUUUGGAGUUGAGCAACAGGAAAAGAAAGUCCCAAUUGAUGAAGAGAAUGUGUCUAAAGAUGAGAAUGAACUGUUGUUAAAUGGUGGAUUUCUGGUGCCACAUACCAAUUCUUUUGGCCAAAACUUUAGAGAUUAUGAUGCUGAAAGCGAGAGACAAGAAGGGGUAGAGAAUUUCUACAAAACCAAUCACAUUAACCAGACAUAUGACUUUGUUCAGAGGAUGAGAGCAGAAUAUGGCAAAUUAAACAGAGUUGAAAUGAGCAUCUGGGAAUGUUGUGAGCUUCUAAACAAUGUGGUUGAUGAGAGCGAUCCUGACUUGGAUGAACCUCAAAUUGAGCACCUGUUGCAAACUGCCGAAGCUAUUCGAAAAGACUACCCGGAUGAAGAUUGGUUGCACUUGACUGGCCUCAUUCAUGAUCUUGGCAAGGUGCUGCUUCUUCCUAGCUUUGGAGGGCUUCCACAAUGGGCUGUUGUUGGUGAUACAUUUCCUGUCGGUUGUGCUUUCGAUGAAUCAAUCAUUCACCGCAAGUACUUCAAAGAAAAUCCAGACUAUAACAAUUCUGCUUAUAAUACUAAAUAUGGAGUCUACAAGGAAGGAUGCGGAUUAAACAGCGUAUUGAUGUCGUGGGGGCAUGACGACUACAUGUACUUGGUGGCCAAGGAGAAUAAGACUACUCUGCCUUCAGCGGCACUUUUCAUUAUCAGAUACCACUCAUUCUAUGCAUUACACAGAUCAGAAGCAUAUAAGCACUUAAUGAAUCAGGAAGAUGUUGAGAAUCUGAAGUGGCUGCAGAUUUUCAACAAAUAUGACCUUUACAGCAAGAGCAAAAUCCGGAUAGAUGUGGAACAGGUCAAGCCAUACUAUCUCUCCCUUAUUGAAAAGUACUUCCCAGAGAAGCUAAAAUGGUGAAAAUCCUGAAUCUCUGAAGCUUGAUGGGUCAGUAGCUAUACCUGGAAGAGUUAGAACUAGAAGAUGGGAAGAGGGAUGGCAUUCUGAGAUGUCGCUAUUGUUAAUUAGAUAACUAGUUUGUUGAUCUUGUAAGAAAAAUAAAAGUGAAAUGUUGUUGUUUGAGUGAGAAGUUUGUUUAUGUAUCUAUUUCUUUGUUUCCAAUAAAUACCUGUAUUCCAUUUGUUCA